CUGGCCUCGGCUCGGGCCCCGGCUGCGUCUUCCGCGCGCAGGCUGCACGGCCCCCGCGCGCCCGCGCUCCGACCGGCUCUCGGCGCGUCGCCGGGUUGCCUGCUCGCCCAGCACCUCUCGCCCCAGUUCCCAAGAGCGGGGAUGCAGAUGCUGCCGCUGGUCCGGGUGGGCGCCGCCGCCGCCGCUGCUGCUUUUCCCCGGACUGCUCGCUGCCUCCGCUUCGACAGCUGCCGCCGCCGCCGCCUGUGACUCGCCCCCUCCCCUUUCUUUCUUCUCUUUUUUGCCUCCGUCCUCUUUCUCCGGGUGUGCGCGCGCGCUGAUUGCACGGUUUGCUUUGGCAGGAGCUCGCUCGUGUGUGCGCGUGUGUGUGUGUGCGUGUGUGGAGAGCGCCAGAGCCUUGCUCGCUCUCGGAGAGUCGAAGAAGAGAAAGAACCGAAGAGGCGGCGGCGGCGGCGGCGCGGAGCUCGGGGCCGCGCGAUGAAGCUCCCACAUGCCCUCGGCUGCCCGGCCCGGCCGGCCAGCUAAUCGGCCACCCCGCGGGCUCCGCGCUCCGCGACCCCCGGGACGCAGCCCUCAGCGGCCGGGCGCCCGCUCCACCCGCGCGCCCCCACCGUGCACCCGGGAAGGAGUUUGCGUGACCCUCGCUCCGGCUCUCGGCGCGGGUUGCGGGCGCGAGAGGAGACCCUCCGCGGAGGGAAAACCUCGGGAGAAGGAGGCGGGUUUGGCGGAGAAGCAGCCAGCCCAGGCUCUCGCGGCUCCCCCUACCUAUUCCAUUGCUCCCUUUCCCAAGCGGAAAGGGGAGGACGAGGAAGAAGAAGAAAAAGAAAGAGAAGGGGGUGGGGUGGGAGAACUGGAUAUAAAGAUCGGCUGGGGGAUGGUGGAAGAUUUUUGGUCUCUUCAGCAGCGUCUUUUCUUAAGCGGCGGCGGCGGCGGCAGCGGCAGCAGCAGCGGGAGAAGCAGCCUCAGUUAUGACUGCCGCAUGUUAAUCGCUGCCGCUCGGGUCUCUCGGCUGCUGCUGGACACGGAGCCUGACUCCGAAGUUGUGCAACUGUGCACUGGGAGAGACAUUUGAACCCUCCUCUCUCUUUGCUCCGUUUCGACCCCCUCGGUGUGUUGGGAGCGAGAGAAACGUCAAGGAAGACACGCAUUUGGGUCUUUUCUUCUUAUUUUCCCCUUGCCCUUUCUCCAUGGCUGUGUAGUGGAAGAAAGGGGGAAGGAGAGACUUGUUGUUGUUGUUUCUCCACCUUCCUGCUGCCUUCUCUGCGCUUUGGUACCCUUCUUGGCCGCGAGUGGUGGGGUGCCUUCUCCGGGGCCGGCCGGUCUCUUGCCCCGGGCUCCAUGGCUGGAUUGUGGACGCUGCCCCCGGCUGCAGGUUGUUGAGCAACUGAUGGGACGAUCUCAGGCACCGGCGGUUACGAAAGAAAUGUUUAAAUGUUCAGUAAAUCAGAGGAAAAGAUCAUGGACUUUUAGCAACUGAAGAGCAAAUUAAGGAUUCAAAUUUGGGAUAUUGGUGUUUGUUUUUGAGAAAUUUUUUUGUGGGAUUUUUUUUUUUUUUUUAAAUCAUCGGUCUUGGAAUACAGAAGAGGAACCAGAAAGACACUUAUUUCAUUUCACGCUGGGAACACUCACUUUUGAGGCACUCUCUCGCCCCGGUACACAACCAUGUGGCCAUCACAGCUACUAGUCUUCAUGGUGCUGACUGCACCAAUCAUUCAAGGUGGCAAGCACAGUGAGCGACAUCCAGCCCUUCCUGCUCCACUGCGACAUGCUGAGCGCAGCCCCGGAGGCGCUCUCCCACCCAGACAUCUCCUUCAGCAACCAGCCGCAGAGCGGGCCACUACUCAUCGUGGACAAGGGCCCCGUGGAGCUACCAGAGGAGGUCGUGGUCCAGGUGCCCAAGGAGCCCAGAGUGCAGCCCAAGCUUUCAGCCGUGCCCCAAUUCCGAUGGCUGUGGUCCGCAGAGAGCUCUCCUGUGAGAGCUACCCCAUAGAGCUCCGCUGUCCAGGAACAGAUGUCAUCAUGAUAGAAAGUGCCAACUAUGGAAGGACUGAUGACAAAAUUUGUGACUCUGACCCUGCUCAGAUGGAGAACAUACGAUGCUAUCUGCCAGAUGCCUAUAAGAUUAUGUCUCAAAGGUGCAAUAACAGAACACAGUGUGCAGUGGUGGCAGGUCCUGAUGUUUUUCCAGACCCGUGUCCAGGAACCUAUAAAUACCUGGAAGUGCAGUACGAAUGUGUCCCUUACAAAGUGGAACAAAAAGUUUUUCUUUGUCCUGGACUACUGAAAGGAGUAUACCAGAGUGAACACUUGUUUGAAUCCGACCACCAGUCUGGGGCAUGGUGCAAAGACCCUCUGCAGGCUUCUGACAAGAUUUAUUAUAUGCCCUGGACGCCCUACAGAACCGACACCCUCACUGAGUACUCCUCCAAGGACGACUUCAUCGCCGGAAGACCUACUACAACCUACAAGCUCCCACACAGGGUGGAUGGCACAGGGUUUGUAGUGUAUGACGGAGCUCUGUUUUUCAACAAAGAGCGCACCAGGAACAUAGUAAAGUUUGAUUUGCGGACUAGGAUAAAGAGCGGAGAGGCGAUCAUAGCAAACGCCAAUUACCAUGAUACCUCCCCUUACCGAUGGGGAGGCAAAUCUGACAUAGACCUGGCAGUGGAUGAAAAUGGGCUCUGGGUGAUCUAUGCAACAGAACAAAAUAAUGGUAAAAUUGUCAUUAGUCAAUUGAACCCUUAUACCCUACGGAUUGAAGGGACAUGGGAUACUGCGUACGAUAAAAGAUCCGCUUCCAACGCGUUUAUGAUUUGCGGGAUUCUGUAUGUGGUCAAAUCGGUCUACGAGGAUGAUGACAAUGAGGCCACAGGGAAUAAGAUUGACUACAUUUACAACACCGACCAAAGUAAGGAUAGUUUGGUGGAUGUCCCCUUUCCCAAUUCAUACCAGUACAUAGCAGCUGUGGAUUACAACCCCAGAGACAACCUUCUUUACGUAUGGAAUAACUAUCACGUUGUGAAAUAUUCCUUGGAUUUUGGACCUCUGGAUGGUAGAUCAGGGCAGGCGCAUCAUGGGCAGGUGUCCUACAUCUCUCCACCAAUUCACCUUGACUCUGAGCUAGAAAGACCUCCUGUUAGAGAAAUGUCUACCACAGGACCUCUUGGCAUGGGAAGCACCACCACCAGCACCACCUUGCGGACCACAACUUGGAGCCCAGGCAGGAGUACCACCCCAUCCGUGUCUGGAAGACGAAACCGGAGUACCAGCACCCCAUCUCCAGCUGUGGAGGUGCUUGAUGACAUGACCACACAUCUGCCAUCAGCCUCGUCCCAAAUCCCAGCUCUGGAAGAGAGCUGUGAAGCUGUGGAAGCUCGAGAAAUCAUGUGGUUUAAGACCCGUCAAGGACAGAUGGCCAAGCAGCCUUGCCCUGCAGGAACGAUUGGAGUAUCAACUUAUCUCUGCCUGGCUCCUGAUGGAAUCUGGGAUCCCCAAGGACCAGAUCUUAGCAACUGUUCUUCUCCUUGGGUCAACCAUAUAACACAAAAGUUGAAAUCUGGAGAGACAGCUGCCAACAUUGCUAGAGAGUUGGCUGAACAAACAAGAAAUCAUUUGAAUGCUGGAGACAUCACCUACUCAGUCCGCGCCAUGGACCAGCUGGUAGGCCUCCUAGAUGUACAACUCCGGAACUUGACCCCAGGUGGAAAAGACAGUGCUGCGCGGAGUUUGAACAAGCUUCAGAAAAGAGAGCGCUCUUGCAGAGCCUAUGUCCAGGCGAUGGUCGAGACAGUUAACAACCUUCUCCAGCCACAAGCCUCAAAUGCGUGGAGAGACCUGACUACAAGCGAUCAGCUACGGGCAGCGACCAUGUUGCUUGACACUGUGGAGGAAAGUGCUUUUGUCCUGGCCGAUAACCUUUUGAAGACUGACAUUGUCAGGGAGAACACAGACAAUAUUCAGUUGGAAGUUGCAAGGCUGAGCACGGAAGGAAACUUAGAAGACCUAAAAUUUCCAGAAAACAUGGGUCACGGAAGCACUAUCCAGCUCUCCGCAAAUACUUUAAAACAAAAUGGUCGAAACGGAGAGAUCAGAGUGGCCUUUGUCCUAUACAACAACUUGGGUCCUUAUUUGUCCACGGAGAAUGCCAGCAUGAAGUUGGGAACAGAGGCUAUGUCCACCAAUCAUUCUGUUAUUGUCAAUUCCCCUGUUAUUACAGCAGCAAUAAACAAAGAGUUCAGCAAUAAGGUUUAUUUAGCUGAUCCUGUGGUGUUCACUGUUAAACAUAUUAAGCAGUCCGAGGAGAAUUUCAACCCUAACUGUUCAUUUUGGAGCUAUUCCAAGCGCACAAUGACAGGUUAUUGGUCAACACAAGGCUGCCGGCUUCUGACAACAAAUAAGACACAUACUACAUGCUCUUGUAAUCACCUAACCAAUUUUGCAGUACUGAUGGCACACGUGGAAGUUAAGCACAGUGAUGCGGUCCAUGACCUUCUUCUGGAUGUGAUCACGUGGGUUGGAAUUUUGCUGUCCCUUGUUUGUCUCCUGAUUUGCAUCUUCACAUUUUGCUUUUUCCGCGGGCUCCAGAGUGAUCGCAAUACCAUCCACAAGAACCUCUGCAUCAGCCUUUUCGUAGCUGAACUUCUCUUCCUGAUCGGGAUCAACCGAACUGACCAACCCAUUGCCUGUGCCGUUUUCGCUGCCCUCUUACAUUUCUUCUUCCUGGCCGCCUUCACCUGGAUGUUCCUGGAGGGAGUGCAGCUCUACAUCAUGCUGGUGGAGGUUUUCGAGAGUGAGCACUCACGGAGGAAAUAUUUCUACCUGGUCGGCUACGGGAUGCCGGCGCUCAUCGUGGCUGUGUCAGCAGCGGUGGACUAUAGGAGUUACGGAACAGAUAAAGUAUGUUGGCUCCGACUUGACACCUACUUCAUUUGGAGCUUUAUAGGACCAGCGACCUUGAUAAUAAUGCUUAAUGUCAUCUUCCUUGGGAUUGCUCUAUAUAAAAUGUUCCAUCAUACUGCCAUUCUGAAACCUGAAUCGGGCUGCCUUGAUAAUAUCAACUAUGAGGAUAACAGACCCUUCAUCAAGUCAUGGGUUAUAGGUGCAAUAGCUCUUCUCUGCCUAUUAGGAUUGACCUGGGCCUUCGGACUCAUGUAUAUUAAUGAAAGCACAGUCAUCAUGGCGUAUCUCUUCACUAUAUUCAAUUCUCUACAGGGAAUGUUUAUAUUCAUUUUCCAUUGUGUCCUACAAAAGAAGGUACGAAAAGAGUAUGGGAAAUGCCUGCGAACGCAUUGUUGUAGCGGCAAAAGUACAGAGAGUUCCAUUGGCUCAGGGAAAACAUCUGGUUCUCGAACUCCUGGACGCUACUCCACAGGCUCACAGAGCCGAAUUCGUAGAAUGUGGAAUGACACGGUCCGAAAGCAGUCAGAGUCUUCCUUCAUUACUGGAGAUAUAAACAGUUCAGCGUCACUCAACAGAGGAGCCAUGGCUAAUCAUCUUAUAAGCAAUGCUCUGCUUCGUCCGCAUGGUACUAACAAUCCCUAUAAUACAUUGCUUGGGGAACCGGCGGUCUGUAACAACCCUUCUGUCAGCAUGUACAACGCACAAGAGGGGCUUCUGAACAAUGCCAGGGAUACAAGUGUCAUGGAUACUCUACCACUGAAUGGUAACCAUGGCAAUAGUUACAGCAUUGCCAGUGGUGAGUACCUGAGCAACUGUGUGCAAAUCAUAGACCGUGGCUAUAACCACAACGAGACCGCCCUAGAGAAAAAGAUUCUGAAGGAACUCACUUCCAACUAUAUCCCGUCUUACCUGAACAACCACGAGCGCUCCAGUGAACAGAACAGGAAUCUGAUGAACAAGCUGGUGAAUAACCUUGGCAGCGGGAGUGAAGAUGAUGCCAUUGUCCUGGAUGACGCCACCUCCUUUAACCAUGAGGAGAGUUUGGGCCUGGAACUCAUUCAUGAGGAAUCCGAUGCUCCUUUGCUUCCCCCAAGAGUUUACUCUGCAGAGAACCACCAGCCACACCAUUACACCAGAAGGCGGCUCCCCCAAGACCACAGUGAGAGCUUUUUCCCUUUGCUAACCAACGAGCACACAGAAGAUCUCCAGUCACCCCAUAGGGACUCUCUGUACACCAGCAUGCCGGCACUGGCUGGUGUGCCUGCCGCGGAGAGUGUUACCACCAGCACCCAGACCGAACCCCCACCGGCCAAAUGUGGUGAUGCCGAAGAUGUUUACUACAAAAGCAUGCCAAACCUAGGCUCCAGAAACCACGUCCAUCAGCUGCACACCUACUACCAGCUAGGGCGUGGUAGCAGUGAUGGAUUUAUAGUUCCUCCAAACAAAGAUGGGACCCCUCCAGAGGGCAGUUCAAAAGGACCAGCUCAUUUGGUCACUAGUCUAUAGAAGAUGACACAGAAAUCGAAACCAACAAAACUGCUAACACCUGGUGGACUGUUCCAAGUUGAUAUAAGCAGUGGUAAUAAUGUGUGUACUCCUAAAUCUUUAUGCUGUUCUUGAAAGACAAACACAGACUUUCAGACUUUUUUUUUUUUUAAACUGGGAUUUAUAGGUCAGCCCAGGGGAGAAAGAUAACUGCUGAAAUUCCCCUGUGCCCUCUCCUUUCCUGUCUUUCCCCCUCAGAUGGAGACUUCAUUAUGUUAAUGAACGAGAUAUGAAGAAGAUGGCGCUCAUUGUGGCCUUGUUGAAUUCUGUUGUGUUUGUUCUAACAUCUCUGAUGCUCUGUUACUAUAAUAACAAGGACCUGAUUUUUAAAAGGCCAGAAUGGUUGUUUGAAAUUAGUAACAAUGCUGCAUCUAGAUUGGAGUGCUGCACAAACAUAAAAACAAAGGAAAACUGUAUCACAUAGUGGUUUUUAGUCACUCACAACCUGAAUUCACCACAGCAGGAAUAUCUGUGGAGUACAAAAUAAAACAACAAAAUAAUGAAAUGGAGGGGAAUUCUAGAAUUAUAUGCUAAAUGCAUAUUUUAUGAUUUGCUGUAUUAACUGAUGAUAAAACUAAUGGCAGAAAAAAAAUGAACAAUUUCUAUGUAAUGUACAGAUACUAGCAUUGCACAUAUAGUCAGCUUUCUGUUCCUCCAGAAUUUGAGUCCUGUUAAUGUAGUGGAAAAAAAGAGAUUUUUUCUUUUUCUUUUGUGCUGGUCUUGCAAGUUUGUCUACCAGUAAGAGAGCAAAGUUUCCUUCCUUUCUUUCUUUUCUUUCUUCCUUCAUUUUCUUUUCCUUCUGUUCUCUCUUUUUCUUUUCUUAUUUCUCUUUCUUUCUUUCUUUAUUUCUCUUUCUUUCUUCUCUUAUUGCUUUUUGCUUUUUUUUUUCCUUUAAAAUUUCACCUGGCAAAAAAAUAAAUAAAUAAAUAAAUGAAACUAUCACUUUAUAAGAAUCAUUUUCUAGUAAUACAAACAAAUUAUUUUUUACAAAAAAAAAUAAAAUAAAUAAAAUUAGACUUCCUUCCCUCACUAUAUAUCUUUAUUCAGUCAGAGUAUUUCCAAGAGCAUUUUUGCAAAUUAGAGCAGGACGAACUUUUCUGUUUACAGUGCACAUUUGUUGUAAUGCAAAGCAUAUUUGGCAAGCAGUUCAUCACCAAGACAGUAGCUAUGAUUCUAGAAGUCAAGAGGUGUCAAUAGAACUAGUGGGGCUUCUGCAUGUGGAAAAAAAAAAAAAAAAAACUAAAACAAAACAGUAUCCCAUAGGCGUUUAAGUGCUGAAUGCUCAGUCCGAUCCCCAAGUGGGCACCUGCACUAUCAAUUUUUAAAGGAAAUUCACUCCCUUGUAGUAAGAAUCAAAAGGUCAAGUUAUUUUGAAGUGAUUUUUUUAAAGCUCUUCUGUUUAUUAACAGGAAGAUUUAUUUAUUUGACAGGAUUUUAAGUAAUGUAGGAAUACAAGAGGUAAAUUAGCAGCACAUAUAAUUUUUUUUUAAAUUUAUGAUCCAUUUUGUAUGGUCUCAAAGUUGGAUGACCUCAUUACUAAUAUUUGUUGUAAAAGUGAAACUUGUUUGCCAACCAAUAAACAACUGAUUGAGAUUU